CACUUGCAAGGACUCGCUCGCGCUCAUCAACCGCGCACCGUUAUCCAGGCCAAGCUGUCAUCUACUGACCAUCUUCUCCAGCCGACAACCGUGUCUCUCUCAGCCAUACACGAGGGGCCUUGGUAAACCCCUCAGCGGGCCAAACGCAGAAGAUACUUCCUCUUUUAUUUCAAAGCGGAGAAACAGCGUUUACCCAGGAAUUUUCUCUGCAGUUACAAGAAGGCACAAGAUGAAGUUGGACAGGGGUUGGAUGUGGCGCAUGCUGCUCCUGUCCUCCCUGGCUGUGGCCGCAAUAGUGGCCCAGGAGAGGCUGUCGGAGGCUGAUGUCGCAGACCUCGAUGAAGAUUUGGGCUUGGAUGAGGAAUUAAAGGUUCUUAUGGCAGAAGAGGAGGAAGAGGAGGAGGCAACAGUGAUGGAUGAAGAGCAGUCGGAUGAGACAGAUGACAAGGGCACAGCAACUGAGAAGGGUGGCAAGGCUGAAACAGAUGCAGAUGUCUCCUUCCAGGUAACAUACACGACUCCUGUUCCCACUGGAGACGUGUACUUCGCAGAUACGUUUGAUGAUGGAUCACUGGGCAGAUGGCAGCUGUCAAAGACAGUUAAGGGGGACGCAGAUGAUGAAAUCGCCAAAUAUGACGGGAAGUGGGCUGUGGAGCAGUUGAAGGAGAACAAGGUUCCAGGAGACCAGGGCCUGGUGCUCAAGUCCCGGGCCAAACACCAUGCAAUAUCUGCAAUGCUGGACAAACCCUUCGUCUUCCAGGAUGAGCCUCUGGUCAUUCAGUAUGAGGUGAAUUUCCAGGAUGGUAUUGACUGUGGUGGAGCAUACAUCAAACUGAUUUCAGACACUGAUGAUCUCAAUCUGGAGCAAUUUCACGACCGUACACCCUACACCAUCAUGUUUGGACCUGACAAAUGUGGUGAGGACUACAAGCUGCACUUCAUCUUCCGCCACCAGAAUCCUCUGAACAAAGACAUGGAGGAGAAGCACGCCAAGAGGGCCGACGUCGACCUCAAGAAGUUCUACACUGACAAGAAGACUCACCUCUACACAUUGGUGCUGAACCCAGACAACAGCUACGAGAUGUUGAUCGAUCAGUCCAGUGUGAGCCGUGGGAACCUGCUGCACGAUGUGGUGCCUCCAGUCAACCCUCCCAAAGAGAUGGAUGACCCAAAUGACUCCAAGCCUGAGGACUGGGACGAGAGGGCCAAGAUUCCUGACCCUGAAGCUGUCAAGCCUGAUACCUGGGAUGAGGAUGCACCUGCUAAGAUUGAGGACCCUGACGCUCUGAAGCCCGAGGGCUGGCUGGAUGAUGAACCAGAGUUUGUCCCUGACCCUAAUGCAGAGAAACCAGAGGACUGGGAUGAGGAGAUGGAUGGAGAGUGGGAGCCACCACAGGUUCCUAACCCAGCCUGUGAGACAGCCCCUGGCUGUGGGGAGUGGAAGCGCCCAAUGAUCAACAACCCUCAGUACAAGGGCAAGUGGAAAGCCCCACUGGUGGACAACCCCAACUAUCAGGGGGUCUGGAAACCUCGUAAGAUCGAUAACCCGGAUUACUUUGAGGACCUGCAGCCGUUCAGGAUGACACCUUUCAGAGCUCUGGGCUUGGAGCUGUGGUCCAUGACCUCAGAUAUCUACUUUGACAACUUCAUUAUCACCUCUCACAAGGAGGUGGCUGACCGCUGGGCUUCUGACAGCUGGGGACUAAAGAAACUGGUGGCCAGCGCUAACGAGCCGGGAAUUUUUGCUCAGCUGUUGAUGGCAGCAGAGGAACGACCGUGGCUUUGGGUGAUCUACAUACUGACAGUAGGCCUGCCCAUUGGAUUGGCUGUGCUCUUCUGCUGGCCUAAGAAAUCAGAAGAUGACUACGUGUACAAGAAGGUGGAUGUGCCCCAGGCUGAUGUAGAAGAGGAAGAGGAGGAGGAGGAGGAAGAGGAGGAGGCAGUAGCAGAUGAGGAAGACAAAGCAGCUGAAGCUGCAGAAGGAGCAGCAGCCGCAGAGGAAGCCGAGGAGGAUGCUGCAGAUGCAGGAGGGGACAAUCUAGAGGUGGAUGAUGAAGAAGAAGAGGAGGAGGAGGAGGAGGACGAUGAGGAGGAAGAGGAGGAGGAGGAGGAGGAGGAAGAGGAGGAAGGAGAAGAG